AUGUCAAAGGAAAAGACUAGUGGUAAGAAUUUAAAAAAGUAUCACUUUAACAUUCUUGAUAUUGAUCCAAAUUCAACUGUGGAUGAUGUACGAAACGCCUAUAAGAAAAAAGCAUUGAAAUAUCAUCCUGAUAAAAAUAUAAAUAAUCCAAAUACCCAACAUAUGUUUCAAUUGAUACAAAAAGCAUACGAAAUAUUAUCAAAAGAUGAUGACAAAUAUGAUAGUGAUUUAGACGAAGAUGAUUUGAAAUUAUUCAAAAAUGGUACAAAAUUAUCAAAUGAAUAUCAAAUAAAAAUAAAACAAUGGAUUCAAGAGUAUCGAAAUAAUCUCAAUCUGACAGAUAAUUUUACAGAUGCAAUGUUAUCGAUUACAAAUGAAAUAUUGAAUAAAUUUAAUCAUUUAGAACAGCAAUCAAAAAUCUACAAUGAAUGUAAUAUAUGUAAUCAAAUGUUUCUGGAUAUGGAUGAACAUAAAUUGACAAUUGUAACAGGGUAUACAUCACUAUUUGAAAAUCCAUAUAUAUUGAAACUAGAUAUUUUGUUAAAAAAUAGAAUAACAAAUGAAAUAUGGAAUUGGAAACAAUUAACACCAAAAUACACGAGAUUAUUAUGUGAUCCAGAAUGGUAUCAAAUAUUCAAUUAUAUCGAACAAAUAGUAGAACCAGUUGAAAUUAUUUCAAGUUCAUCAGUAUACAAUUUAUAUCUGAAUACUACCAGUGAUCAAUACAAGAUGAUUGAGACAUUAGUUCAUAAUUUGACAACAGCAAAUCUGAUCAUCUAUACACCUGACGACAAAAUUAUUCAACAACUUAAAAACACUUUUGAUCACAAAUAUACAACUACGUAUGGUAAAUAUCGACUACCAUCACAAACAAAAAUCAAUAUGUUUAAUAAUAAAAAUAAUGUUUUAUUACUAGAAAAAUAUUUUAAUAUUAAUAAUUUGUUUUAUAUUGUUCAACAUGAACCGAAUGUGAUACGUGUAGAGACACAAUAUAAUUGUAAUAUAUGUUCAGCAAAUUUCAAUAUUUUCCUUCGUAAAUCUCAUUGUAUCAUGUGUGGCACAUUACAAUGUCAUGAUUGUCAAGUAGUUGAAACAGUACCACAUUUAGGUUAUACAUAUCCGGUUAAAAUAUGUAAAAAAUGUGUGAUAAAACGAAAUAGAAUUGAUGUAAAGAUACUAAUGGAUUAUAUCAAUAAUUUAAUUAAAAAUAAAAACUUUGUCCACAUCGAUAUCUGUUUGGCACUUAUCCAUAGUUAUAUUAACAAUGAGAAUAAUGAUUUCUUUCAAACUAUUGGAAAACAACUCUAUUCAUUCGAGCAGUUUCAAUUAGCUUUACAAGCUUUUAACUAUAGUAAUUUAGAUGAGAACGAAUGGUUGAGAAUGGCAUUGGAUGCAUGUUCAAGAAAUGAUUAUUCAACAGUAUUAACGUGUGUUAAAAUAUUGAAAAAAGAUAAAAAAUUUUGGUUAGAAAAAGGAAACGAAUAUGAACAAAUGUCAAAUGAAACGUCAACCAUUAACGUAUAUUCAAUUUUAUGUCUACUCUGUUAUAAGCAAGCCGAAUUAACAGAUGAAGAAAUAUUAGAAAAAUGCUUAGAAUAUGAUAAAUUAGAUAAAUGUGAGUUAUGUUUAUUUUAUCUAUUGUACCUAAAUGAAACUGGUAAAGUUGAUUGGAAAGAAAAAGGAGAAAUAUAUUUGAGUAGUCAAAAUCGACUAGCUACGUUUUGUUUCAAACAAGCACAACUAUCGAUCGACGGUUGGAUUAAUGUUCUGACCAAGUUGUGUGAAAAUCAUGAGUAUAACAGAGUAGCUUUCAUGUUAAUUUCACUUGAUAAAAGCAUACAACAUAAAUUGAGUAUAAAGUUUAUUGAAAAUAAUAUCCUCUAUUAUUUGAUUAAAAUCUUGCUCAAUCAGAGUAUAAAUGACUGGUUAAAUCAUGCAGUAUCGUUAAAGAAUAAGUCAAAAAUAAUAUGGUGUAUGGCAUUUAUUAAUGUGAAAUUUAAAAUAGACUCUUGGUCCAAAUUAAAAACAUUAACACAAUAUGAUCAAUUUUUAUUAUGUUCUAAAAUGGAACAAUUAUAUAAUAAUGAUGAUGAAAUGAUAUUCGAUGAACAGUUGCUACAUAAUCAUGAUCAGUUAACAUUUGAAAUACGAAAUUUAUCAGUUGAUACAGAUUGGAAAUUAUUAGGUGAUAAAUAUUUUAAUGAAAAUGAAUAUCAUUUGGCAUUAAAAUAUUAUUUACAGUUGAAUGACAAUGAUGAUAUACUCAGGUAA